AUGUCAAAAUAUAUUCGACAAUAUUGGCCUGGGGCGCCUGCAAAGACUGAGAAAGACUUGCCCGACUUACACGGGCGGGUCUUUAUUGUAACAGGUGGCACUGGCGGGAUUGGCCGAGCAGCAGCAACAGCCCUGUUUCACGCCAAUGCCUCCCGCGUCUACAUCCUCGGACGAUCUGACUCUGCCGGCAAAGAUGCCAUCAACACCAUCACCAACUCAGAUCCCCCAGGCGACAUGAAGCGUCGCACUGCCGACGGCGGCGACGAAGCUAUCAAGUCCCUUUAUCUAGAUCUAUCCGACCUGCAGACCAUAAAACCCGUAGCAGAGGCGUUUCUCUCAGCAGAAACCCGUCUGGACGUCAUCUGGCACAAUGCGGGCGUCAUGGCCCCUCCGGAAGGCAGCGUCAGCAAACAAGGUCACGAGCUGAGCUUUGCGACAAACGUCCUGGGACCGUUUCUCCUGCAACACUUUCUAACCCCAAUUCUCCUCCAAACGGCAAAGAAUAAUGACACCGCGGUUGCUACGGGCUCUGUGCGCACUUGCUGGGCGGCUUCUGUCGAAUUUCCUGAUCCCCCUGGUGACGACGGCAUUCUGUGGGAUGACUGGGAGCUGAAGUCGCCUCAAUUUUCGGGCCUGAAUGGGCGUGUUCAGCGGUAUGUCCAGAGUAAGUGGGCAAACGCCAUACUCGCCUCCGAAAUGGCCAAGAGGUACCCGCAGCUCGUGAGCGUGUCGUUCAAUCCAGGCGCCAUCAGGACAGAUCUCACCCGCCAUGCGCCAGGCAUCCUGAAAAAGGUUCAGGGGUCCUUGUCGUAUCCGGUUCGGUUCGGGGCGUUGACUGAGUUACAAGCGGGUUUUGGAAGUGAAGUGGCUGAGCGUAACGGGUGUUAUCUCAUUCCUUGGGGCAAGAUUGGGGAGAUGAUACCGAAGGUGGCCGAGGGCAUUGAGAAGAGAGGUUCAGGGGAGAGGUUGUGGAACUUGUGUGAUGGUUUAGUCAAGGAGUUUUACUGA